ACUAAUUCCAUUUCCUCCGCAUACCUAUUCAUUCUUUUCCCUCUCCUCCAGAGAAAAAUAAAAAGGGAGGGCAUUAACCCAUUUCCUUUCUCACUCUUUAAGAUUUAUUCAAUACAUGAUUAGCCCACCUCGAGAUUUAUUAAUCUUGCACCUGAUCUGCUCUGAUCUCAAUCUUGAAUCACUUGUAUUUGCAAGUUAAGAGGGCCCUUCUUGCCAAUUGACUUGAAUUGAAUCGGGUUGAGGUGGGGGAAAGGAAGAAAUACCAAAAUGGCUGGCGCUGCAGGGGGUUUUGUCACCCGGGCAUUUGACUCAAUGCUCAAGGAGUGUGCCAAUAAGAAGUAUACUGCUCUGCAAACUGCUAUUCAGAGUUAUUUAGAAAAUGCAAAGCACUCCAAUCAGCAAUCGAGUUCCAGUGCUACCAUGCAAACAGCAUCUUCCCUUGGAGAUGAGAGUAGUUUGACUGAUACUCAAGCUGGAUCUGCUAAAGAUACUGCGGAACCAGAUGAUUCAACAACACCUUCACAGUCUAGUGUGGCAGCAGAUCCCAUAGGGAGACCUAAAAGUGCUGGUGGAACUAUCACAGUUACCUUAGCAAAUGCUGGGAAUACUUUAGGAGGAGAUGACGCGGAGCUUGUUUUGAAUCCACUACGACUUGCAUUUGAGACUAAGAAUGCUAAAGUGGUAGAGCUUGCAUUGGAUUGUCUUCAUAAACUUAUUGCAUAUGACCAUUUAGAGGGUGAUCCUGGUCUGGAUGGUGGCAUAAAUGGACCACUAUUUACAGAUAUCCUGAACAUGGUAUGCAGUUGUGUGGAUAAUUCAUCUCCUGAUAGUACUACUCUUCAAGUGUUGAAGGUGCUUCUUACAGCUGUUGCAUCGGCCAAGUUCAGAGUUCAUGGAGAAUUGUUGCUUGGUGUGAUCAGAGUGUGCUAUAACAUUGCCCUUAAUAGCAAGAGUCCAAUAAAUCAAGCAACUGCGAAAGCUAUGUUAACUCAGAUGCUCAGUAUUGUAUUCAGACGGAUGGAGAAUGAUCAGGUGCCUACUUCAUCUGUUUCUGUUGCACAUAAAGAAGCUGCUGCAAAAAGUGAAUCAAACUUAGGAAAUGAGCCGGCAUCAUCAAGUGAUCAGAAUGAUGGAGAAUCAACUUUGGGUGAUGCAAUUUCUAUCAACCAAGAAAAAGAUACAUCUGUUGCAUCUCUUGAGGAACUUCAGAAUCUUGCGGGUGGUGCCGAUAUCAAGGGUUUAGAGGCGGCUCUUGAAAAGGCUGUACAUCUAGAAGAUGGUGAAAAGGCGAGAAAAGGAAUUGACCUAGAAGGCAUGAGCAUUGGAGAACAUGAUGCUUUACUCCUUUUUCGCACCCUCUGCAAGAUGGGUAUGAAGGAAGACAAUGAUGAAGUUACUACCAAAACCCGCAUCCUGUCUCUGGAGCUUCUGCAGGGUCUUCUGGAAGGUGUUAGUGUCUCCUUCACAAAAAACUUUCAUUUCAUUGACUCGGUCAAAGCUUACCUUUCAUAUGCAUUGUUGCGAGCUUCAGUUUCUCGAACUACAUCCAUAUUUCAGUAUGCAACAGGGAUUUUCUCAGUGCUCUUGUCGCGGUUCAGGGAAAGUCUCAAAGGGGAAAUUGGUGUUUUCUUUCCAUUGAUCGUCCUAAGACCCUUGGAUGGUUCAGACCUGAACCAAAAACAAAGUGUUCUUCGGAUGCUAGAGAAAGUCUGCAAGGAUUCUCAGAUGUUGGUUGAUCUCUUUGUGAAUUAUGAUUGUGAUCUUGAAGCACCUAAUUUGUUUGAACGGAUGGCUACAACGUUAUCCAGAAUAGCCCAAGGAACUCAAAAUAUGGAUCCAAACUCCAUUACUGCUUCCCAGAUGGGAUCAAUUAAAACAUCAUCUCUUCAGUGUCUUGUGAAUGUUAUAAAAUCUUUGGUUAAUUGGGAGAAGGCCCAGCGAGAAUCAGGAAAGCUGAAAGAAUCUUCUGAAGUAGAGAACUCAGCUAAGGAAUCUGAUGACUCAAAAGGCCGGGAAGAUCAAGCUAGUAAUUUUGAGAAAUUAAAGGCUCACAAAUCUACACUGGAAGCUGCUGUUGCUGAGUUCAACCGGAAACAAGAGAAGGGUAUAGAAUUUCUAAUAUCAAGUGGAUUAGUGGAGAGUACGCCAGCAUCAGUUGCUCAGUUUCUUAGGAACACUGCCAAUUUGGACAAGGUUAAGAUUGGAGAUUAUAUAGGUCAGCAUGAGGAGUUUCCACUUGCUGUCAUGCAUGCUUAUGUUGAUUCCAUGAACUUCUCUGGGAUGAAGUUUGAUGCAGCAAUUCGUGAAUUUCUUCGAGGAUUCCGACUUCCAGGAGAGGCUCAGAAGAUAGAUCGCAUAAUGGAAAAGUUUGCGGAGCGUUAUUGUGCGGACAAUCCUGGCCUGUUUAAGAAUGCAGAUACAGCUUAUGUUCUGGCAUAUGCAGUUAUAAUGUUGAAUACUGAUGCUCAUAAUUCACUGGUGUGGCCAAAGAUGUCGAAGAGUGACUUUUUACGUAUGAAUGCGUUACAUGAUGCUGAAGAAUCAGCUCCUACAGAACUCUUGGAGGAAAUCUAUGAUUCAAUUGUUAAAGAAGAGAUAAAAAUGAAAGAUGAACCUGUUGGAAUUGCAAAAAGCAGCAAGCAAAAGCCAGAAGCAGAGGAGAGAGGGCGGAUUGUCAGUAUCCUUAAUCUGGCUCUUCCCAAGGGGAAAUCUUCAGGUGAUUCACAGUCUGAAAGUGAAGCCAUUGUCAAGCAGACACAGGCCUUUUUUAGGAGUCAAGGGAGAAAAAGAGGAGCAUUUUAUACUUCACAUCAGAUUGAACUUGUGCGUCCUAUGGUAGAAGCUGUAGGAUGGCCAUUACUUGCCACAUUUGCUGUUACGAUGGAAGAAGGAGAUAAUAAACCAAGGGUUGUUCUUUGUAUGGAAGGUUUUAAAGCUGGGAUACACAUCACACAUGUUCUUGGAAUGGAUACCAUGCGCUAUGCAUUUUUAACAUCUUUGAUCAGAUUUAACUUCUUGCAUGCGCCAAAAGAAAUGAGAAGCAAAAAUGUUGAAGCAUUGCGGACUCUAAUUACUCUAUGCGAUACGGACACUAAUGCCCUUCAGGAAUCUUGGCUAGCAGUAUUGGAGUGCAUCUCUCGGCUUGACUAUUUAACAUCAAACCCAACAGCUGCUGCAACUGUCAUGCAAGGGUCAAACCAGAUUUCCAGGGAUGCUAUUUUGCAAUCUCUGAGAGAGUUGGCUGGAAAACCUGCAGAACAAGUGUUUGUCAAUAGCGUUAAAUUACCCAGUGAAUCUGUUGUGGAGUUUUUUACUGGUCUAUGCAGUGUAUCAGCUGAGGAAUUGAGACAGAUUCCUGCCCGUGUUUUUAGCUUGCAGAAGCUAGUUGAGAUCAGUUAUUACAAUAUGGCUCGUAUACGCAUGGUAUGGGCUAGAAUAUGGUCUGUCUUGGCCAGUCAUUUUAUCUAUGCUGGUAGCCAUCCUGAUGAAAGAGUUGCUAUGUACGCUAUAGAUUCUCUACGGCAACUUGGUAUGAAAUAUUUGGAGCGUGCUGAACUUGCCAAUUUCACAUUCCAGAAUGAUAUCUUAAAACCAUUUGUAAUUCUCAUGCGAAACAGCCGAAGUGACUCUAUACGCAGGCUUAUUGUUGAUUGUAUUGUGCAAAUGAUAAAAUCUAAAGUUGGAAGCAUAAAGUCUGGCUGGCGAAGUGUGUUCAUGAUUUUCACAGCAGCAGCAGAUGAUGAUCUGGAAUUAAUUGUUGAAAGUGCAUUUGAGAAUGUAGAACAGGUUGUUUUGGAACACUUUGACCAGGUUGUGGGGGACUGCUUUAUGGAUUGUGUCAACUGCCUAAUUGGGUUUGCUAACAAUAAGACUUCUCACCGAAUAAGUUUGAAAGCUAUUGCACUUCUUCGCAUAUGUGAGGAUCGUCUUGCAGAGGGUCUAAUACCAGGUGGUGCUUUGAAACCUAUUGACAUUAAUGCAGAGACAACUUAUGAUGUGACUGAGCAUUAUUGGUUCCCAAUGUUGGCCGGUCUAUCUGACCUGACCUCUGAUCCCAGACCAGAGGUCAGAAACUGCGCACUUGAAGUUUUGUUUGAUUUGCUGAAUGAGAGAGGUAGCAAGUUCACAUCUUCAUUUUGGGAGAAUAUUUUCCAUCGGGUCCUGUUCCCCAUUUUUGAUCAUGUCAGACAAGCUGGUAAAGAAAACUCCGUUUCUGCUGGAGAUGAAUGGUUUCGGGAAAGUAGUAUUCAUUCACUCCAGUUGCUGUGCAACCUCUUCAACACUUUCUACAAGGAGGUUUGCUUUAUGUUGCCCCCACUCUUAAGCUUACUUUUGGAUUGUGCCAAGAAAACUGAUCAGUCAGUUGUUUCAUUAUCUCUUGGUGCAUUAGUGCAUCUCAUUGAAGUUGGUGGGCACCAAUUUAGUGACCGUGAUUGGGAUACUUUGUUGAAAAGCAUUAGAGAUGCUAUAUACACGACUCAACCCCUUGAGCUGCUCAAUGACAUGGGUUUGGAGAACUCUAGACAUCAUACUGCAUUGACAAGAAAUUUAGAAGUCAUCUCAGGGGAUACACCUACCACGCCUUCUGCUAAUAAUGGACCAUUAGAUAAUCAUCAGCAGAAUGGCAGUGAUAGUGGAAAUACAUAUUCAAUGGUGUCUACAAAUGCUGGAGACGAUUACGAGGGAUCUGAAGGUGUGCCGUCUCCUUCUGGAGGAGCUCAGAAAUCUAUUGAUGCUGGUGGCUUUCAGCGCAGUCAAACAUUUGGUCAAAAAUUUAUGGGAAAUAUGAGGGAUAGUCUCUUUCUCAGAAGUUUCACCUCUAAAUCAAGAAACCCUUCAUCAAAUGUUUUUAUUCCAUCUUCUCCUUCCAAGUUGUCUGACAUUGUGGAGCCUGAUGCAAAGAAUGAGGAGGAAAGUUCACUUCUUGGAACCAUUAGGAGUAAAUGCAUCACACAAUUGCUACUUUUAGGUGCUAUUGACAGCAUUCAGACGAAGUACUGGAACAAUAUAACGACUUCACAGAAAAUUAGUAUCAUGGACAUUUUGUUCUCUCUGUUAGAGUUUGCUGCAUCGUAUAAUUCAUACACAAACCUCAGAUUGCGGAUGCAGCAGAUUCCUGCUGAAAGGCCACCUAUGAAUCUUCUUCGACAGGAGUUAGCUGGAACUUGUGUAUACUUGGAUAUUUUACAAAAGACAACUGCAGAAGUUAAUGGCAACAUAGAGGAAGCAGACAAAAAAAAUAUUAAUGAGAAUGGUGAUAAUCAUUUAGUGACAACUGGUGCCACUACAACAGAACAAAUUAAAGAUGAAAAGCUUCAAGGAAUAGCGGCAGAAAAGCUAGUCUCUUUUUGUCGACAGGUGCUUAUGGAGGCGUCUGAUUUCCAGUCCACCAUGGGGGAGACUGCUAACAUGGAUAUUCACCGAGUUCUAGAACUACGUUCUCCCAUUGUUGUUAAGGUGCUUAAUGGUAUGUGCUCUAUGAACAGCAAGAUAUUCAGAAAUAACCUUAGAGAGUUCUAUCCUCUGAUAACGAAACUCGUAUGCUGCGACCAGAUGGAUGUACGCGGAGCUCUGGCAGAUCUUUGCAGCAAGCAGUUAACAGAGUUGUUGCCGAAAGCACAACAGCCUGUUCAUUGAGUUUCUCCAGCGGGAGUUCCCUUAGCUUUCAAAUUGAGUUUAGAAUAUGGUAUCUGAUUUUGCUAACGCAAUUUUUGUUACCUUGAUGUAAUUAGAAGACUUGCGCUGUGUAUAAACACUACACUACGGCCUCAUAUAGCUUAUACCCUUGUUAACAUUUCCUUUUUCUUUUUCUUUUUUUGAGAGUUUUACCGGAUGUAAUAUUGGAAGAGCACAAGAGAACAUCCACUUCCCUUUAGGUUAUACCAUAGUGCUAGUAUGCAUUUGGCUAUUCAGGUCUGAGAAACUUUGGUGUUUUAAUAUAGAAUAUGCAACAUUUGUUGGUUACUCUUUCGUUGAAA